AUGUUCAGGACCAAACGCUCGGUUCUCGUCCGGCGGCUCUGGCGGAGCCGUGCGACUGGAGGAGAGGAGGAGGAGGCGGCGGCGGCGCGCCAGCCCGGCGCAGCCGUGGCCGUGGCCGAGGCCCGGGAGCCUGCCUGCAGCGGGGGGCACGGGUGCUGCACGGGCAAGGCGGGCCGCGGCGGGCGGGCAGCGGUGGGUACAGAGGCGGAACUGAAGGCGCUGACACAUGCCGUGUUGAAACGGCUGAAGGAGCGGCAGCUGGAGGGGUUGUUGCACGCCGUGGAGUCCCGCGGCGGGGCGCGGACCCCCUGCCUGCUGCUGCCCGCCAAGGCCGACUCCCGGCUGGGCCAGCACUGGUACCCGCUGCCGGUGCUGCUCUGCAAGGUGUUCCGCUGGCCCGACCUCCGCCACUGUUCCGAAGUGAAGCGGUUAUGUUGCUGUGAAUCCUACGGCAAGGCUCACCCCGAUCUCGUCUGCUGCAACCCGCACCACCUCAGCCGGCUCUGCGAGCUAGAGUCUCCCCCUCCACCCUACUCCAGAUAUCCAAUGGAUUUUCUCAAACCAACUGAUUGUCCAGACUCUGUUUCCUCCACUGAAACAGGGGGAACUAGUUGUCUAGCCCCUGGGGGGCUUUCAGGAAUUGCGUUUGGUGUGGAUGUCUUUAAGUGA